AUGGAUAAAAAGCUAGACCUUUUGUCCUUGUUUGAGUCUGAUUCCUGGCAGACUUCGGAUGACUUCCUGGAAAAUAUAUUUUCUUUAGAGCAGGGGUCGUUGAACUUUUUAGAAGAAUCACUGCCUGAUUUAAAUCUAACCACUGACAAUGCAUCUCAGCCAGAAGGACUCAGUAGUUCAUGCUCAGACAGUGGACUAUCUAGUGACCCAGCAGAAUUUGACUUCGAGCAGCAGCUAUCACCGUUCCUCAUCCAGAAUUCCUGUGAUGAGGAUCUCUCAGCGCCCGUGUUGGAACCGAUGAGCCCCUGCAACACGCAGGACGUUAUCAUUCAAGACACGAAUGACACAUCGAACAGUUCCACGGAAGUACAGGAAACGUUCGACAUGCUCGACUUCGAGCAGAACGUUGUCCCCGGCUUCCUGAACAACAGUACAUUCCAAAGUCCUGAUAAAGUUGAUAGAAAACGCCGUCUCACCCACACACAACAAGUCGUCCAGCCGAAGGUCCAAAAGCCAACAAUUAGGCUACCAGCUACAUCAAUCAAAAAACCCCAAUUAGUCGUUAAGGCUCAACCACAGAAACCCCUUAAAGUGACCAACGUUCAAGUUAUUAACCCACAAACAAAAGUGUAUUCGAAGCCCGUGGAAAGCGUUGCGCCACAGAGGAGAAUGAUUCGCGUCGCGCCGAUGGCUGGCAACCCUAGAUCCAUACUACUACCAGUAACAAUAAAAGACAUGAAAGACCUAAAAUCAAUCAAGAUCAUCAACGCCGCCGAUCUCAAGAACGCGUCCAAUAUCAAAAUAGCUGCGGCGAAUCUUCUCUCGCAGACUAAACUGCAAGAUUUCAAAGUCGAGUCUCGCAGUGACUGCGAUUACGAUCAAAAUGGCAACCCAUGUGAUGACUCAAGCAGUGAUCGCUCUGAUGACGAAGAUGACCAUAAGGAAACCCAAUUAAAUGACGGUAGAAACGGCUAUCCCCGUCUCGUUCUAACAGCGGAAGAGAGGCGGUUGCUAGCAAAGGAGGGAAUAACACUACCGACUAGCUACCCACUAACGAAACACGAAGAGAGGGAAUUAAAGAGGAUCAGGCGCAAAAUACGCAACAAAAUCUCCGCUCAAGAUUCCCGUAAACGCAAGAAGGAGUACGUCGACGGAUUGGAGGAUAGAGUCAAACAGUGCACCGCAGAAAACCAGACGCUUAUCAGGCGAAUAAAAAUACUGCAGUCUCAGAACCAUUCCCUAACGCAACAGUUGAAGAGAUUACAGAGCGUGCUGACGGGCGCGGCGGGCGGCGGCAAGGCGCAGCCGGCCACGUGCCUGCUGGUGCUGCUGCUGUCCGUGGCGCUGGUGGCGCUGCCCUCCGUGCGCGACCGCCGCGCGCCGCACGCGCACGCACACGCGCCCGCCUCCUCGCCGCUCGCCAUCACGCGCGCGCUGCUCUCCGCCACCAACACGAUGGCUCUAGACGAAACUGUAAUAGAUGAUGGUGAAUUCAACAUGGACGAGCUGAUCACUUUCAACCGCGCUAACUCCGAUCACGAUUACCAAGUGGUGAAGAGCUCAGAGAGCAAGCUUCCCGGUGGCUACGUCGAUUUGCCUAUAGAUGAAGAUUGGCCACCUAAUAAGAAACGGAUGAAACUAGACUUCAACUACGACGAUGGGAAAGACUACCUGCCGCCUAUAGUCAAGGAUGAGAAAUACGAAAAUUCAUACAAAACUACAGCCAAAAUUGAAGAUAAUGAUAUAAAGUUUGAUAACGAUUUCUUUACAAAUACUUUGCUAUCGACGGGCAGGAAACUUGGCGAGUUAUUAGAGUAUUUCCCGCCCAUACCUGUAAAGAAUGAAGAUAUUGUCGUCGAGGAGGUAUCAGACUUCGAUACUAGAAAUAAUAUAACAGGCGUGAAAAGUUUCGUCGUGAACGCCACUUUAAAUUAAUUCUAAUUAAAUAAAUUGUUCUAGCUAUUCUCACUUUUCUCGUUAUUUCCUGUCAGAUUUUUAUUUUAUAAUUCUAUACAAAUAUUUUUUUAUUUUCUAUAUUCGAUGAAAUUAUUCCUCGAUUUAGCUUAAGUCGGUAGGUGAACUCGUUUACCAUAAUUGUUAAGAUUUAAACGCUUCUCGUGAAUGUUUAACAAUUAUGAUAUACGUAAGUGAUUGAUUAGUUUAAGUAUUCGUUGGUAAGUAUAUCGAACAUAAUAAUUCGUUAAACAUGUAUUUAUUUUAAAAAUCAAAAAUAAUAUAUUGAUGAAUAUGUAAUAUAUUUUAAAGGUUUUAUUACUUUAGAAUGUCAUUCGUAUUUGCCUAGAAUAAGAUGUUUUUAAGCAUUUUUUGUUUUACGACUUGGUGCAAUUACGAUAAGUACUGAUUUUCAGUGUUAGUUAGUAUUUAGUGUAGUACAUUUAUAAUAAUACAGGAUAAGUCAGUAUAAUUCCUUAUAAUUAUUUACAGAAUUGUCGGAUCAUGAGAUCGUUGAAUUUGGAAUGCAAUUGUUAUAUGAAAUAUAUUGUGACAGAA